AUGGAGAGGAACGAGGAACGAGCCCCAAGGGAUUUUCUGCUCUGUCAGAUGGCCCCCAUGUGCGGUCGGCGCGGGGUCCGGGGCCACACACGCAUCUCCAUCGCCAUCCCCAGCCGGGCCAGGCGCGCAAGCAGGAGAGCGGAUCGGGGCGGCCGGAGAGCACCAGCAGACGCCAUGUGGAUCCAGGUUCGCACCAUGGACGGCAAGGUGGCCCACACUGUGGACUCGCUGUCCAGGCUGACCAAGGUGGAGGAGCUGAGGAGGAAGAUCCAGGGGCUGUUCCACGUGGAGCCAGGCCUGCAGAGGCUUUUCUACAGGGGCAAGCAGAUGGAGGACGGCCACACUCUCUUCGACUAUGACGUCCGCCUGAACGACACCAUCCAGCUCCUGGUCCGCCAAAGCCUGGUGCUCCCCCCCAGCGGCAGCAAGGAGAAAGACUCUGAACUGUCAGAUACCGAUUCUGGCUGCUGCCUGGGCCAGAGCGAGUCGGACAAGUCCUCCAACAGCGGCGAGGCGGCCUCGGAGGCGGACGGGAAGGCGGGCUUAGCGGAUGAAGACGCGUGGGACGAGACGGAGCUGGGUCUGUACAAGGUCAACGACUAUGUGGAUGCUCGGGACACGAACAUGGGGGCGUGGUUCGAGGCGCAGGUUGUCAGGGUGACCAGGAAGGCGCCUUCGCAAGACGAGCCCUGCAGCUCUACCUCCAGUGUGACGCCCGAAGACGACAUCAUUUACCACGUCAAAUAUGACGAACUACAAAUGCGCCAGGAUUUCCGCAUCAUACCAGAAGCCACGCUCCUUGGGGUUGUCGGGGUUAUAGUUGAGCAUGACCACCUGGCCGACCUCUAUCUCCUGCCACUGCAGAAUGGUUCGGGCACGGGCCCGCACGUCGCGGGGACUCAUCUGGACCACUCCAUUCUCCGGGACCACGGGAAUUCUUUCACGUACACGGGCAGCGGUGGUCGAGAUCUUUCUGGCAACAAGCGGACCGCGGAGCAGUCUUGUGAUCAGAAGCUCACCAACACCAACAGGACAUUCGUGGAAGAUGAUUUCCGGAAGGUGGAAGGUGCCAUUUUUAGGCGAGUGAGAGCGGAGGAGUCUGCUUCAGCAGAUCCUGAUCUCACGUUUGAUUGCCUGGACAGAUCCUUCCGGGCGCAGGUGUUCAGCUGCCCGGCCUGCCGCUACGACCUGGGCCGGAGCUAUGCCAUGCAGGUGAACCAGCCGCUACAGGCCGUCCUCAACCAGCUCUUCCCCGGCUAUGGCAGCGGGCGGUGA